ACAACCAGUCGAGACAGAUGGUGUAGUUUCGCUUAAGGUUUCUAUUAGAAAAUGGUAGGUUAAAUAUCAGGAUAUGGCUAUAACUCUUAUCCUGCUUGUGCUGUUCGUUCCAGCAGUUACUUCGAAGGGUUCACAUUCUCUGAGUUUGCAUGCAACAUACAUUAAAGGAAACACAUUAUUUCCUGAAUAUAGUUACACGCUUAUGUUGGAUGAUGUUGUAUUAGGACUCUUUAAUUCAAAGACAUGGACAUAUGUUCCAAGAGGAAAUACUACGGAUGAAGAUAAUGUGAUUGACCCACAACAUCUCCACACCGUUAGUAAAAAUAUGUAUGAUGAUUUUGUGGAGAGGUGGAUUGUGAUGGACGGGGGUAACCUUACUGGCAGUCUUCAGGUUCAUCAAAAGAUGGUUCUGUGUGAACUGUUAAACAAUGACAAGCCAGGACAAAUGAUGACCAGGAGUGCUUCCAAGGGCCUCACCACAGAUGAACUCCGUUAUCUUGAUGGCAAAUUUUAUUAUCAAGGAACUUCGUAUGUCACACAGCAGGAGCUCGAACCUUAUCUGGAACUGUCCAAGUUCUUUCAUGAGAAUGUGUACUACCCAGCUUGCAUAAACACACUGAAAAAUUACCUCAAGAAGAGAGGAAAUCAAGUCAACAGGAAAGUAAAACCCAGAUUUAAAUUAAUCCAGAAAGCAAAGUUAGAUGGAGGGUCUCGUGUGAGUUGUUUGGCAACAGGAUUUUACCCUCGCCACAUCAACCUGACUCUGUUCAGAGACGGGCAGCCUGUAUCUGAUCAUGAGAUCACUGGAGGAGAUCUGCUGCCCAAUGAUGACGGGACGUACCAGAUGAGGAAGAGUCUGGAGAUCAGCAGAGCAGACACACACACAUACACCUGCUCUGUCACACACCUCAGCCUGGACAACAAACUGGACAUUGAUUUAGAAUUUGACCAUAGUGAACCGUUUAAAUCAUUGAUUCCGUCAGUGCUGAUAGUUUUGGCUCUCGUUUUGGUGUUUGGGACUGGACUCAUCAUAUAUAAAUGCAGAUGGAGACGAGCAGUUAUAGCUUCCAUUAAGAAUGAUUAUUCUUCUGCUUGUACAUCUGAAGAAAACAUGGAUGCAGCAUCUUGAAAUUAAUGUCAAUUCUACGAAGCUAUUUUUUUUCUUCAAUAUUUUACUGUAGAUUCAUACAAAAGUUUUGUGCAGUCAUCAUUUAAAUGUUUUGUGUCUUAAAUUUGUAGAAUUGUUUUUUUUUUUGAGUUCUACAACCUUACCAAUGUCAGAACUAUGGACGUGUCUGUGUGUUUUUUCCCCUCUGUCCCAGUUUCUGUCUGUCCUUAAUCGUUGAUUAGUUCCCAGGUGUGUCUCCUUGUUAGCCUGUCUUUAUAAGCUAUGUCCUUUCAGUUCAGUUUGGUUGGGUCUAACAUUUUCAUAUGUGUGUCUUCUGUCUGUUCUCCAUGUUGGAUAUAUGCCUUGUAGGAUUAAUUAUUCUUAGAUAUAUGCCUUGUAGGAUUAGAUUAUUCUUGGCAGCGUAUAGUGACAACCAAAGCAGUGACAAUAGCAGCUCUUCUUUCUUUUAGUACUCAAAACAAUUUGGACUUAAAACCAAAGAUUAAUUGAGAUUAUAAAUGAGUAUUUACAAGCAACUAAAAAUGAGGAAAGUAAAAACAUAGGUCAUGAAUUAGGAGGCAACAAUAGUAGUGUUGACACAGGACCAUCUGAAUAGAACAGUGUAAACUUAAACUUGUUUGACUUGUUACAAAACUUGGUAUUCGACACAAUGACUAAAUUUGUCUGCAGAGAACAUGUCUUUAUUGCUUUAUUGCCUGAUAACAUGACAUAUAUUUUUUUAAUUUUCUGAAUGUGCUGCCAUUUCCAACAGUUGUUUUAACAGGUAGGAUUUCAGAUUAAGUACAGUAUACAGGUGCUGUGUAUAUGCUUAUUUUAAACAUAUACAACAUGUUAAUAUUGUUUUAGUUUUGUUGUAGGAUCUCAACAGACUGUUUUGCAAAGAUACUUUUGUCAUUAUAACAGUACUUUGCAAAUAUAUUUUUCUUUUUCUCCUUUGUACCAGACGAGGAAGAUUAUUUGAUUAUUGUAGCAUUGUAUGAUUAUAAUUGUAAUAUAAAAAAUAAAAGUUGAAAUAUUAAUAAA